UAAUGAUCUUGUGGUGACUUUGAGAAAUUUGUUAUCGGCCCCGCCAACUACUAUUGCAACAGCUAUACUACAUAUACCCCCAACCCCUGGAGAUGUAGUUGAGUUGCAUAAGCAUUAUAACUCUGCGACACCACCUUCUCCAAUAUUUCUACGCGAUCCUCAAUUACUUUAUUGGUUAUUGAAUAAUAUAUUCGUGCCUUCAGAUAAAAAUAAAAACUUGAAGCAAGAUCUUAAAGAGAAAUACUUAUAUUUGGCAGCUUUUGCCUCAAGUGCCAGAGAAUUAACCAAUGGAGAGAUUGAUUCUUCACAAGUCGAUAGUACCUUUACAACACUUAAAAAACUUGAAGCCGCUGUGUCUAGAAAGGGUGCAACGACUACUGAAUUCGGUAGUAUCGUCAAAGAAAUUUUAGAAUAUAUGGACACUCCGGUAGCUUCAAUGGCUUUGAUAUUUUGGAUUAAACACAUAUUACGCGAUACAUCAUUUUACGAGAAGCAUUUCAAACAUCAUGAAGUGCCGAUUCCUCAUUUGCUUCUUGAAGAGAUUGCAUUUCGUCACCCUUACCAACGAACACACGUUUUUAACGCAUUCAAAGCCGAAUUGGAAUCCAAUUCAUUGAAACUUACACCAGAAAUUAUGUUAGGUCUACGUCAACAAUUGUUGGAUCGUAUGAUUUAUUUGAUACAACUUGGAUUUGUUAUACAAGUCGUGUCGUAUAUUGAAAAACAAGCGAGAAAAUUGGAUGAGAAAUUGUUGAUCUAUUUUGUUAAAAAG